UUGUCUCGCCGCACACUACUGAUGGAGAUCGCUCCCUCGUGUUGCCCAGGCCUGAUAAAGGGUGCCUGCUUUCUAAAACUCCAAAACCAGUCUUACUUUAUUUACCGGCAUUUUUAGUUUCACAGCAACAGCAGCAGCAGCUACAGAAGAGGCAGCAAUAGGAGCAGGAGCGGGAGCAGCAGCAACAGGAGCAGCAACUACAGCAGCUACAGCAGAAGAAGCAACAGCAGCAGGAGCAGCUACAACAGCAGCAGCAGCUACAAUAGCAACAGGAGCAGCAGCUACAGCAGGAGCAGCAGCAGCUACAGCAGCAGCAGCAGCAACAGGAGCAAGAACAAGACGAGGAGCAGCGGCCGCGGCGCCGCUGUGCCCGUGGCCGCCGCCUCCCGCCCCGGCCCCUUUAAAUGGCGGCGUUGGCCCCGCCGAGGCAGGCAGUGGGUGCCGCGCCGCGCUCGCCCCCGUCCAUGGAAGUUCAUGAAGUGGAUCAUGGUCUUAUUAGCCAGCUACUUGCUGAUUCAGAGGAGACUCUUAGUUCGUGCACAGAGAAAAUGCAGAGUCCUGCUCAGUAUAGCUGGAGUGCUGACUGGAGCUUUUGGCUCUCAAGUUCCACUUACAAAUAUAGGAGUGAGGAAUUCAAGAGACAGUUUUCUCAUCUGCCAGACUCGGAGAGGCUCAUAGUAGAUUACGCCUGUGCACUCCAGAAGGAUAUACUGCUGCAAGGGCGCUUGUAUCUCUCUGAAAACUGGCUCUGUUUCCACAGCAACAUUUUCCGAUGGGAGACCACAAUUUCUAUUGCGUUGAAGGAUAUCACUUUCAUGACAAAGGAGAAAACUGCUCGGCUCAUUCCAAAUGCUAUACAAAUAGCAACAAAGGGAGAAAAGUUUUUCUUCACGUCGUUCAGUGCAAGAGACAGAAGCUACCUCAGUAUCUUCCGCUUAUGGCAGAAUGUGUUGCUGGAUAAGAGGCUGACCAAGCAGGAAUUCUGGCAACUGGUGCACCAGAGCUAUGGGUCUGAGCUGGGCCUGAACAGUGAGGAGAUGGAGAGCUUCCACUCGUCGUCUGAGGACAACGGGCAGCCUCGAUCCAGCAUUUGUGACGAUCCUGGAGAAAGAGAUGAAAAACUACCUAAAAUGAUCGGUUUAGUUCGGGAACCCAUGCUUCAAGCAGAAGGAGAGUCACUCAAUAGUGAUGCAUUGCCAGAAGUGGAGGAGUCCCCAAGUGAGAAGCAAAUAAAGAAGAGUCCUCUUCGAUCUUCAGAAAGAAAACCUGCUAAACUAGUCAGGAGCAGGUCUUUAGAAAAGUCCUUGGACCUGAAUGAGAAUGAAAAUCUUCCAGAGAAGAGCAGUGCCUCAGAUAGUGAAGAAGGAGUAAAGGAGACUGUCUCUGAGAAUGAUCUGUAUGGGAGAAUUUUUAUAAACAGAGUUUUCCACAUCACUGCAGACAAGAUGUUUGAAAUCCUUUUCACCAAUUCUCACUUCAUGCAGAGGUUUCUCAAUUCCAGGAGUAUAGUAGAUGCUGUAUCAACCCCUUGGAAUAGAGAUUCCAAUGGCAAUCAGUUGAGGACUUUGACGUACACUGUAACAAUUAACAAUCCACUUUGUGGAAAGUUCACAACUGCAACUGAAAAGCAGAUCCUGCAUAAGCAGAGCCAGAAAGGUCAGUCUUAUCAGGUGGAUGCUGAAGUACUGACCCAUGAUGUCCCCUACCAUGAUUAUUUUUACACUGUGAACAGAUACUGUAUAAGCCGCACAUCAAGUCACAAGUGUCGAUUACGGGUUUCUGCAGAAGUAAAGUAUAAAAAACAGCCCUGGGGCCUUGUCAAGUCUGUAAUUGAGAAGAAUACCUGGGGAGGAAUACAGGAAAACUUCAAACAACUUGAAUCAGAUCUUCUGUUGGAGGAAUAUGCAAUUAAUCAGUCCAUAGAAGACUCUGGAAAAUUAGUUGCCUUGAGACGAAGACGACGCACUUUACACCGGAGUCUGGCAGAAUCACUUCCCAAACGCUCUUCCCAGCACUCCCCUGGUGACAUGGGAGUAGAGUCACAGGGCAGCAUAAUAGGAAGGAAAAGAGAUGCUGUAAGUAGGACCACCACCAUCAUUGUAGUAAUGAGUGUCUUUUUGCUGCUCUUGGUCUUGCUGAAUAUAACACUGUUUCUCAAACUGUCAAAGAUAGAGCAUGCAGCUCAGUCACUCUAUCAUGUUCAGCUUCAGGAAGAAAGCUCUUUGAACAUAUCUCCAGAAAUGGUAUCAAAAGAAGAGAUCCCACAAUAUGAUAAGGAACAGGUUAAACAUGUGAAGGGAGUUUUAAGAGACUCAAUUGAAAUGCUUGAGCAGCUAAAGACCUCCCUUUCCAUGCUCCAAAGAAGCUUUGACCACUUGAACAGGACACAGAACAGCAAAACUGAGAGUUAAUACAGACAUCAGCUUUCCAUUCAAGAUGUCAGAAGAAAAGACGUGUGUGUGAGGACUUGCGGGUGGGGAUUUUAACUGAUACCUUCGGACUCUUUACUCUUUGGCUUUAAAAGCUGCACAGAAUAAAGGUUUCUGGAAGAAGGAGGGUUCUGCAUUCCCAUAGUCUGGUGAUCUGUCUCUCCUGCCAGCCAUGAUCCUGGGGAGUCUGGCUCAUGAACAGUGCAAAGCUCUCCAGUCCUGUGGUGUGUCAGCAAGGGCAGUUCUACAGCUGGUUAACGGAUCUGCAAAUUCCAGAGGAGGAGAGAGCACCCAUUUUUAGCUGGGCUUGUCUUUAAUGAAAUCAUGGCUUUCUAGGGCAGC